GUCCGGGGGGAGAGCGGAUAUAGUGAAUGCGGGGUCCGGAGAGACCAGAUAUAGUGAAUGCAGGGUCCGGGGAGAGCAGAUAUAGUGAAUGCGGGGUCCGGGGAGAGCGGAUAUAGUGAAUGCGGGGUCCGGGGAGAGCGGAUACAGUGAAUGCAGGGUCCGGGGAGACCGGAUAUAGUGAAUGCGGGGUCCGGGGAGAGCGGAUAUAGUGAAUGCGGGGUCCGGGGAGAGCGGAUAUAGUGAAUGCAGGGGUCCGGGGAGACCAGAUAUAGUGAAUGCGGGGUCCGGGGAGAGCGGAUAUAGUGAAUGCAGGGUCCGGGGA